UAGUCUGUUGGUCAAGUAUCAAGAUCUUAUUACUGCUUACAUUUACAAGGUCAAAUACUAAUUGUUAGUUUCAUGCUAGCAAGGGAUGCAAAGGGAUACCAUUCUCUUCCUGCUACAGUAGAAGAGGAAGAAAAUCAGAAACAUUUCCACUAAAAUUAUUUGCCCAUCUUGGGCAAAUUUUACUUCCUUUAACUAAACAGAAGAAAUCUUUUUAAGGAUGAGAAAGGAGGGUGAAACCCUGGUCACGUGCCAGGUGUUACUAGUAACGAAACUGCCUAGUCUGCCUGUGUGGAGGAGGAGGCGGCGGCAGCAAGCCUGCGCCUGGCAGACCCGUGCAUCGUAGGGUUUCAUGCUGGUGCCCGGCAGUGGGGGGAGGCUGUGGUUGGGAGGAAGAGGAGGCCACAACCUGGGAACGUGCCAUUUUCUGCAAACCUCCGAAGCCUGUCCGGGGCAACACACUGGGCGGUCAGAUGGCUGAGUACCGGCAAGACUGGGUCCAGCAAGCACAAAGAAACCACACAGCAGAACCUGUAAUAGAUGACUACAAAAAGAUGGGGACUCUCUUUGGUGAACUAAACAAAAGCCUUAUCAGAAUAGGCUUCACAAGGAUGUACUUUGGAGAACGGAUAGUAGAACCUGUAAUAAUUAUAUUCUUCUGGGUUAUGCUCUGGUUUCUUGGCCUACAAGCUCUUGGACUGGUUGCUGUUCUGUGCCUUGUCAUUAUUUAUGUACAACAGUAAAAUUUUAUAGAUGCUGUUUAGAUUAUCUCUCUCAACUCUGUCACUAUGUCAGUGGAUUUAUAUUUAAGUAAAUGGGUGGCAUAUCAAAAGCUGCGAUGCUUCAAAUUGCAUUUCACUGAACUUCCAACAUUUGGGGUGAGGGGGACUAAAAUUAUGCAUUGUAAGCAAAGUCAGCAGUGCCCUACUACAUCUUCGAAGGGCAAAAAAGGAGGUGUUUGUAAUAUAAUGGUGUCCAAUAUACUGUUUUCUGCAUUCUUGGGGCCUUAGUCCAAGGACUGGCUUUUUGUUCCUCCCCGCUCCUCCAGUGUUCUUGCUUUGUAUCAUGAAAAUUUCCUGUCUGGUUUUAAGAGGACACUUGAUGCGAGUGUCCUGUUUCACUGUUGGGUGGGGUUUGUGUGCUGUUUGUUCCCUGAAUCUGCAUAAUUUGCUGGCUUCUUGCUGAAAAGCUAAAUCUGCAUGAGAGAGGUUUGCUAACAAACCUACAAUGUUAAAUGUUCAUAAGGUGAAUACAACUUCCCAGCACAAAAGCAUCUUUGAUUAGUACAGUUUUAGCAAGCUUUCCCCUAGGAAACAAGCUAUGCCAGCAAAAUGCUUUUAUACUAAUAUCAGUGAAUUCACACAAGGCUUCAGCUGUUGUUUAGAAGGAAUCACAGUCCUGUACUGGCCAAAUGGUCUAAUGUAACUCUGCCUUGUUUUUGGAAAUGUACUCUGCUCCUACUGCUAUUUUUCUUUUUUUUUAAUACUUGCUCUUUCCCCCAGCCCUCCUUCUGAAGAUAAAUAUUUGUAUAAUUCAUGGACUUUGUAGGUAGUUACAGCUGCAGUGUUGGAGAGUUGCCAUUCCAGACGGCAAUGCUAGAAUAUUGUCUGCUUCCUCUGGCUUGCGUGUGAAGUGUCUGAACAACCAGAUAGGUAUCAGACCAGCUCUCUUAACGCUUCCCUAAUUUGCUGCAGUGUGGACCCAAGACAAGCUGGAGGCUUUGCGUAUGUAAGCAAAUCAGACCUGUUUCCCCCUGAAAGGCAAGAAUGGAGCUGAAAUCCGGAGGUCAUUUUAUUUAGUAGUCUUAACUGAUUCAUUUCCAUGCUAGGCAACAAAAAUGUGUAUGUAUAGGUGCAUGUCAUGGGCAACACAAAUCUGAGAAUAGGAUAUAUCCGUUCAAGAGUAAGUGCAAAAUUCACUUUGGCUCCCCAGGAGCCACACCACGGGUGUAUCGAAUAUUUCCAAGUUGAAAAUGCUCAUUUAAAGAAAAACGGUAAAAUGAGACAUAAUCUUUACUAAAUAGGCUACCAAUUUAAUAUUUGCUGUACAUUACUUUUCGUAAGAAAAUUGCAAAAUUGACUCCAUCUGUGGUAAAAUGAAAUUAUACAUUUACUUAAAGAAAUGUAAUGUGACAUUUACAGAAAACUACUUACACAUUUUGCAGUGACUUUUUUCCUAAAAAUUUUUAUACUAGCAGAGACCAGCAGCAGAUUAGUUGAAAAUGCUGUUUUAUCCAGAGACUUUCUGGAUAAGGGGAUAAGGGGAGCGUUUCUAUGGUCCCAGUUCUGCAACUGCAUUCUCAAGGCCAAUUUUAUGCCUACAUGGAUCGUGUUGGUUGCUGGGCUCUAUUUCCUUACAGACCUGGGCCCCAGUCCUUACAGACUUUCCUAUUAGUGAAAUAAUUGUUAUUUAGGGCAGUGAACAUGAAGGCGCAGCUCCUUUAAAGUCUUUAUGUGCAUAAAUGCCAUCUGUGGACACGUCUGUGCUUUUCUAAUGAAUGCACAGUUACCUGCUAAGCAGAUCUCCUCUCCAGAUCUUCAUACAACUUUGGUGGAUCCAAGGGGCUCGGCUGAACUGGCAGGGGGGUGGGACUGAGGUCCCCUGUGUGUUUAGAUGGCACCUGUGGUGAUUGGCACCUAGUUAAAUAGUUAACGCUGGUGGCAGGGAAACAUUUGACAACAGAAGGUGAUCCUGGAUGCAGGGGUUUGUUGUUCACAACUGCAAGUCCCAAAGCAAACAGCAAGUACAGGCUGAACUCAAAGAGGCAGGAGCUCUGUACUCCCAAGUGCCUAGGGGUAAACUUUGGUUUUGUUUCAAGUCCCUUAGACAGCAGAACACCUGUUUACACCUUUGCAUAUUUGUAUAGAUAUAACGGUGGGUUUAUGUGUAUUCUUCUCCUGUAUAAGGGCUGUACUACAAAAGCAUCUUGUCAUUAAAAAAAAAAUAAAAAUCCUUCCUUUCUUCCCACAAUCAAAUUACUGUUCAGAGGUCCUCAUCCUUUCAUCCUGUAGGAAAAAGUGUCUCUGUGAUAUCCAUGUUGCACUAGUACUCUUGUGUAAAGACACUGUGCUGUGAGAUGGCAUGUAGUACUUCCCUGAAGUGGUGAUUUUGCUCUGUGCAUAAGGAAUGAACCGACGGUGUGACCGACAAGUUCAGUGAGGGCACUGUUUAUAUACUUGUAACCUUUUAGUAUGUGCAUAACUAUGUUUCAUUCAUGAAGUCAUUUCAGUUGUUCUUUUGAUGUUCAUGUUUGUAUACAUGUACUUUAGGGAAAGGUAGCUUUUGGACUUCUUUUAGAUUGUGUACAGUGAAUGUUUUAUAUGGUUUCUCUUAAGGGUAACUUAUUACAUCUUGUCCUUCAUAGAAGUUUUUUUAUUUUAAAAAACCUGAAAAAAUAUCCCUGCUAAUGGAGUUAGGUUGACUGAAAGUGAAAAAAGAAAAAUAAUGUGUUGUAUGGAAGAUAACCCUCACCUGUUUGGUUUCAUACAUAGAUAAGAAUUUGCACCAAAUCAUCUGUCUAAUUUUGUGCUAUUGCUAUAGUAUCUCCCUGUCAUUUGCAGGAAAGCAGAGUUAAGGAAAAAAGGAGGAUAGAAUCAGAUGUGGAGAGUGGAAAAUGGAAUGCAGUGAAAUGGUGCAUAUAUGUGUAAAAUCUGAUUGUAAAUGUGUACCAAAAGUGAAGGGGGAGAAUAGGUAAACAGUCCUUGUAUUGUGUUCUUUCUUCCAUCCAGACAUAGUUCUAAGGCAGAAGAAGCACCAAGCAUUCAAAGGGUGUCCCUAGCUAAAAAGCAGAAGGUUAAUUAAAAAAAAAAAAAAAAAAGACAAUUUCACUGUUGUCUAUAUGGUAAAAAUUGAUACGUUUUUAGCAAUGUUAUUUAUAUUGGUAUAUAGGAUCGUUAUUCUUGAUAGAACUGAAAGUGCUUUUAUGCUUCUGUGUGUAGGGCUGUAUGAAGGAAUUAUGGCCCUUAAAUCUGUGUUAAAAAACAAAUUACAUAAUUCCUGUUGGUCAGUGUAACAUAUCGAAAGCUUUUUACAUAACCUUUGUUUUUUAAAGGAUGGACUCUUCAGUACUGUUUCACACCCACCAAAUGCACAAAUGUUUGAACUACUGUGUACAGAGAAGAAACUCUACAAGUAGGAGAAUCUUGGAGAAUGCUGUUUGCACUGAAAAAUCAUCACAUCAAACCUGUCCAUAUGAAAAGGAAAAAUAAUAUUUCUUAACAACUCUGUAUUAAAUGAAUCCUAUGGAAAGCACUUUGUUAUUCUUUCUAAUAAAAAGAAUUGCCAUCAAUGAGAA